AUGGCCACUUCGAAGAAAGUGAUCACACGUGAAGAAUGGGAAAAGAAACUAAAUGCUGUAAAGCUUAGGAAAGAAGAUAUGAAUACUCUUGUCAUGAAUUUUCUUGUCACUGAGGGAUAUGUAGAAGCUGCUGAGAAAUUCCAAAGGGAAUCUGGAACCAAACCAGAGAUAGAUCUUGCAACCAUCACAGAUCGAAUGGCAGUUAAAAAGGCUGUCCAGAACGGAAAUGUCGAGGACGCUAUUGAGAAAGUGAAUGAUUUGAAUCCUGAGAUACUAGACACAAACCCGGAGCUGUUUUUUCAUCUUCAGCAGCAACGGUUGAUAGAACUUAUUCGACAGGGGAGAACAGAAGAGGCCUUGGAGUUUGCUCAGGAGGAACUUGCACCACGCGGCGAAGAAAACACAGCAAGUGAAGUAAAUGCAGCAAUUCUUACAAGCCAGAGUCAUGAAAAAGAUCCUAAACUCCCAAGUUUGUUGAAGAUGUUGAUUUGGGCUCAGAAGCAACUGGAUGAGAAAGCAGUGUAUCCGCACAUAAAUGAUUUGUCUACUGGUCAGCUUGAAGACCCAUCAGAAUAA